CUCUCUCUAGACUUAAAAACAAGAGAGAAGUAAAAAAAAAGGUAGUGAGAGAAACAAGGAAGAAGAAGAAAAAAAAUGGGGGGAUGUGCGACCUUCUGCGAGAUCCUUAUUGCAAUUCUGCUCCCUCCUCUCGGCGUUUGCCUCCGCCAUGGAUGCUGCUCCGUGGAGUUCUGUAUCUGCUUGGUGUUGACGAUUCUAGGGUAUAUUCCUGGGAUCAUCUACGCUCUGUACGCUGUUGCCUGUCUUCAUCCCGACAGAAUCCGCGGUGAUUAUUAUCAGCUUGAUUAGUUCAGUACUGCUUCUUCCAUGGUAAUUAUCUGUUGCCGCUGUUGUUUAAUUUUGAAUCUGUACUUUGUUUUUUAUUUUUUUUUUACUGUGUAAUUUAAUCUGAAUUUGUUUGAUGAUCGAAAAUUGUAUUUUUCACUGCUCUGUACCAGUAACAUUUAUCAGUUGUGAUGAAUUGUGAUGCUUUUUGAA